AUGGGAACUCACAACAUCGGGGAAGUGAACUGUUUAACUCGGCCAACGGUUUUUUUUUUUUUAGGAAAGCCUCCAACGGCAAUACGCCGAACCGCAGCGAUGUCGAAGUAGCGUUGAGUUUUGCGAUAACACAACUCGGGAAUUAUUAGAGGCUUAAACACAGCGACACUAAGAGGAGGGAGAAGUGUUACGACACCAGCCCGAGCUUCCUGAACCGGAGUCAAGCGAGGUAACGUCAAACCCACAGGCGGCAGAGGACGGCGACGCUGGAAGAGCGCAGUACCAGGAAGAGGUGAACCCGCAGCCCGACGUCGUGCGAGACAUCCACCAGACGAGCGGGGACGAAGCUCAGCGCGGCCACAGCCAUGUCUCUGGUGGAGCAGCGCCAGCAGUGGUACCCCACGAGUGUCCAGGUAACGGUGCACCAGGCGCGCAGCCUGCGCGUCAAGGGGAAGGGGGGCACCAACGACGCGUACGCCAUCAUCCAGGUGGCCAAGGACAAGUUCUCCACCUCGGUGGCGGAGAAGAGCGUCGCCCCCGUGUGGAAAGAAGAGGCCUCGUUCGACCUGCCGCUCUUCCACCCGGGCAACGCCGAGCGGUGCACGCUGCGCGUCGUGGCGAUGCACCGGGCCCAGGUGGGGCUCGACAAGUUCCUGGGUCAGGCCGUGGUGAACCUGCUGGAGCUCCACGACAGCGGCUCCGGCAAAAAGACCGAUUGGUUCAAGUUGGUGGACAAGACCGGAAAAGAGGAUAAGGCGCGAGGGGAGGUGCUGCUAGAUAUCCAAUUCAUGAGAAACAACAUGUCGGCUAGCAUGUUUGACCUUUCCAUGCAGGACAAACCACGCUCACGCAUCUCCAAGCUGAAGGACAAAGUUCGUGGGAAAAAAAAGGAUGGCUUCUCUGACUCUGCUUCAGCUAUUGUUCCCUCUGUCAGCCAGGUCCUCACUGACAGUGAGGGAGAGGCUGAUGCACAGUCACUCAAUCAGUCUCCAGGGGUGAAAAAGAAAUCAAAGUUCAAAACCCUCUUUGCUCCCAAAUCCAACUUGCAGCGUAACAUCUCGCAGUCCAUGUCCACACUGGGGACUCUUCCUGAGAAGAACUCAUCUCUCAGUGGCAGCCGCUCAUCUGGCCUCAAUGUAGACUCUCCUGAAGUUAAGAAGAAAUUCAAAUUCCUUGGACACAAGCGAACAGGCAGCUCUGACAGCAAGGUGUCUCAGGGUCCUUUCUCUCUACUGGGUCGCUCCAAGCAGAGCAACAGUGACCUGAACAACAUGUGCAUCAACGGCAGCCACGUGUAUACAGAGGAGGCAGAGCCCAAGAGUGGAUCUACACCCAGUCUGAACAGCUCAGGCCAAGGCUCUGUGGAGGAUGUCUAUAAACACACCUCUGACGUCUCUGCAGGUUCCUUUCAAAGUGUAUCUGACCCCACCUCCAGGCACGAGUCAACAGAGAGAGCUGUACUGGAGCAACAGCGCCAUCAAGAGGAGGAAGAGAGACGGCAGGCAGAAGAAAGGUGCAUAGCUGAAGCAAAGAGGGCAGAGGAAGAGGAGAAAUACAAGGCAGUGGCCAAGAGACUGCAGGAGGAAGAGGAGCGCAGAUAUCAAGAGGAACAGCAGAGGAAGAGGAGAUACCUCGAGGAUGAAGCAACAAGGAAGAAGCAGAAGCAGGAGGAGGAAGACAGAAGAAGGCAAGAGGAAGAGAGCAGGUUACUGCAAGCAGCAGAGAAUCAGAGGCUUGAGGAGGAGCGUCGCAAAGUAGACGAGCAGAAACGACAGGAGGAGGCCUCAAUGAGUGACAGGCUGUCGACUCUGUUCGGAAUGAUCAGAAAGAAGGAUGAGAAAAAAGAGGAGGUCCAGCAGAAUCCCAAAGAAGAGUUACCUGAACCGGCCCCUAGCCGUGACUCCAGAAAUCUUGACCAGCCGAACUCCCACCACUCCAACAACCCAUUUGAGGACAUUAAUCUCAUUUCAGAUCUGACAGUUACCAGUAAUGAAAGCCCAGCUGAUCAUGAGAAAUCCAGCCGCAAUCCACAAACCCCCUCUGCCAUGGUCUUCCUCAACCGCACUGCUAAAGUGUCUGCAGUCAAACCCAGAUUGGCUCAAUCUCUGGAGUCUGAACCCCCUGACUGCCAAAACCCCAGUCAGCUGUGUCCUUCCCCAACCACCUCCGAGUCCACCCUCUGUAGUGUCCCAUCUGAGACCCCUGACACUUUCUUCAAAUUACACUCAUCCUUGGCACCGCCAAACAUAAGUCAAAGCCUGCCUGGUUCCCCUUCUGGGAGCACAGAGAAUUUGUCAUCUGUGGCGUCUGCGGGAUCUUCACCCACCAUGUCAGACAAGAAGAGAAAAGCCCCUCUGCCACCUAUGUAUACUGUACAUGGGAACCAAACUGGAGGAAAUAAUGGUUCUGUCAGAGAGAUUAAGAGCUGUGAAUACGUAGAGGAAGACGGAAUGCAACAAGGCAAAAUUAUGUCUCUACCACUUCCCGAUUAUGAAACCCUCUUCCCACAGAAAAGACACGGAGUACAAGGGCAUACUCGAUGGGAUCAUAUAAUUGCGGAGGUCAAUCAGAGACAAAGGGACGGUGUACCUGAAUUACUGGGUCCAGAGAUGAGUGUGGACGGUCCAGAGAAUCAUGAACCAAGUCACAGGUCUUCCACAUCACAAGAGAUUCCUGCCUUCAGGAAUUAUGAAACAAAACCCGAGGAGAACAAACCUAUGCCAUCAAAAAAGGUGGCGGCCCUAGUUCCACCUAAACCAGUCACAUCCCCUCCAUCUUUUGCUGAUUUUAGUCAAAGACCAAACCAGAACACUGCUCACCAAUCUGUCAUGAGACCUAAUCCCUCUGUAGUCCCAGGACCUGUAAAUACUGACAUCUCACGCAGAGAAAGUCUCUCAGGGUUGCCCAGGGAUGGAGUGAGGAAGGUUUUGUCCCCAUCACCCGUGGCAACACAUGCACCUAGACCAGGUGGCAAAAUGGACACAAGUCCACCAGAGGAUCCAAGGAAAGUGCAGGUCUCCAUAAACAAAGAAGGACCCACAGCCAAACCCAGACAGAGGGUUAACAGCAAAGAGCCAACACAGAACAAAGAUUCUGAUGUGACACCAGACAAUAAUAUUAACAGUAACACCCAAACAUUAUUAAGUCAAAGUGUGAGAAACAUGGACAAAAAGGGCAGGCAGGCAAAGGAGAACUUGGCAGAGUUUGACCCGUUCCCCAGCACUGAGCUUCUUCCCAAAGACACAUGGGCACAGCUGAAGCAGAACCAAGGAGUCGACGACCUUUUUACUGGCAACCUACAGAAAGAACAGAAAGAUGAUGAUCAGGGAAUGACAGCAGAUGAUCUUGAUAAAAUAUUUAGUCAAGAUAAGCCAACGGAUCCCCUUUCUGGUUUUAAUGGCAGUGAUUCAAACAAACACAGUGAAUACAGGACAGAUGAGGAUUCAAUGGAAGUUAAUUUUCCUGUUUUCCAAAGAAAGAAUUCAGGGAGACAAAACCAGAGUCUCCAAUCAAAAACUCCCUCGGAUAAUAAAGGUCUCAAUUCUCGUCAAGAACCGGCGUAUAAAGAAGGAACAACCAAAACCGCGGCUAAUCAAGGCCUCACUGCAAAUGUUGCCAGGAAAGAGUCUGUCGCACUCCAGCCUCAAGCUUAUGUCAAAACACAAAGCAGUUUUGACGGAGGAGAGGAUCGAUUCAGAGCUGAACCUUUUACUGUGCCCGCUGCUUUCCCCUCCUCAGAGCCCCUCCAGGUAAUUAUGGAGGAACCAGCAGGAGGUCUGUCCAGGGGAAAGAUCCCUUUGCAAGCAUUGGUGUCAUCAUCUGAGGUUCAGCCUGUCAGUGCUCAGAAUAGCAAUGGAGGUGGGCUAGCCUUGACUUCCCGCAGGCCUCAUCCCGUGAAGCCCCUGACCUCAGCUGAGAGCCAGCACGUCACCAGCACCCAAAGUGGGAAAGAGAUAAAGGCCUGGGACAACACACGCGGGAAGAUCAAGUCGGGCGACUCAGUUGGAAGUGGACCUUACACUCAGCUGACCCAGGAAGAGUUGAUCACACUGGUGGUGAAGCAGCAAACAGAUCUGUCCAAGAAGGACGCGAAAAUCGUUGAGCUGGAAGAGUACAUCGACAAUCUGGUGCUCCGCGUCAUAGUGGAGCAACCCAGUAUCCUGCAAACCUUAAACUCUCCCAAGCAAGUAUGAGGUCACGGCUGCUGAAAGGAGGGAGUCCCACUUAAUGGCCUACUUUUGUUUUCCUGUGUGAGUUUGUACUGUUGUCACUCUGUACUGAGAAACGCGAUCUCUAUGAAGGUCGUUGAGCAUAUGCACUUUUUUAAGUUUCAGAACACUGUUAAAAUGUCUCUGAACUAAUUAUCCUCUGUGAUAACUUCAUAACAAGCAAUUGAAAAAAUCUUUAUACAAGCAGAUGAAUGUAUUGAAACUAAGGUACUGGAAUUUGCUUUAAAACAUUGUUACAUGAAAUAUAUUCAGCAUCUUGAUUUAUAUGCUGUACCAUUCAUGAUGGAACUUGGGUUUAGCGUUCGAACGCAGAGAAACGUUUUCUGGCCUUGUUACUCUUUGCACUGGGCUUUGUGCAACUAACUAGUUUGAUGCAUGACCAUUCCCAUAACCAUAUACAACCAUUCCAAAUUCAUGCACCAUCUUUAUGAGGUAAGUCUGUAAUAGUAUUGACGUAUAAAUAGUUCUGCAGUUCAUUUUUUAGUCAACUUGCAGCGUAUUCCUGCAGAUAGUAACUAUGAAUUCUGAACUCAUCAGCUAAUUCAUAAUUAUGAUAUAACAAGUGCUCAAUGACUUUUUCCUUCUCCACUGAAGUCUUAUUUUUUUAUUUUGUUUGUUGAUCCUUUCGGCAACCAUGUUUUUUUAACCAGACAAUUCAACAUCCUUCACCUGUUGUACUCACCACAGUUGAAUGUCAGCUGGUCUUCCAGUCCUUAAAAAGAUAUUGUGCCUAUAUAUUUAUAUUUGGUUUAUAUUUUUUGAAAAACCAGCAAUUAAUAAAAGCAAGCAGCUCCUAUGCGCUGUACACCCUUUGAAUUAUACAGCAGUUUUCUUCCUUAUGUGGUUAUAAUGUAGCCUGUGCACAUAGUUUAAAAAUAAAUUAUGCAAGCAAUAUUUUUCGAAUAAUUUUUAUGUAAGAUUUUGAUCUCUGGGAUGUUUGUCUUAUUUAUAAAUUCAAAAGCAAGAAAUGAUGAAAAACUACUCAUUAGAGGAACAGUAAUAGCUUAGAUGAAUCUUUAUUUCAGACACAUAGGUCUCCUUAUCCGUAAUAAUCAGCCUCGUCUUUGUGUUUGACUACACUAAUGAAUGAAACCUGCAUCUAUGCCUUUACAUGAUGAUCCUGUUUGAUGUCUUGGCAGAAAAUAGUAGCAAUAAAAAAUGUUCAGAGUACAGAGAUGUGCCUUCAGAACCUUUUUCAUGAUUAUGUUUGCUGGAUGAUGGAGAGUUGUUUGCUUCAUCUCUUCUUUUUCUGAAGUGAGAGCUCAAUGAGCAGAAUGUCAAGCUUGAUGUUUCUGAUAUUUGAAAAGACAGGCUGAGCGUAAUACAGUUUUAAUUUUUAAAUAAAGACACUAAGUAUUUCACCA